ACAGCCAUGUUUGUCAACAAGUGCUUGAUCUUUUCUCCAAUUGUUUAAUCAUUUUGUUUUUGUGAAUUUUAACACUUUUUUCAUCAUAAUAAUGUAUCUGAGAUGGUCAAAACACUCAUGUGUUGUCCAUUUUAAUCUAAACCAGCAAUAGAUUUGAGAAAAUUGACACUUUCACCGAAGAUAUGGUCAGAUAGGUGUCACGGAAUUACAAAUUUGCACUUUUUUUUUUAUCCAUAGUCAAUAGUCAGAACUUCCGUCAUAUAAAUUUUUUCGCUUUACGCAAUUAAGCAUUCUUGAUGGAUACACCAUUUCAUGUUUACUGACUGCCAAAACAUAGUAAUUCCAAAUUUAAGGAAGUUGAUGUAAAUAGCUAUUAGAUGGAAAAAUGGUGUGUCAUAUUUGGUUUGACCUAGUAUUAAUUGUAGUGAUGUCGGAGGUGUUAAACACUAAAGCAACAAAUGAGAAUCAGAUUUGUCAUUUCUAUAAAUAUAAUGCAGACUGUUUAUAUAAAUUAGAUGGUGUAUCUAUGGUGAAUAUCAAGGCUUCUGUAAAUGAAUGUAAUGAUCCUAUUGAUGUCACAUUCUCUGUUUUGAGUGAUACACCACCAGUAGAUUGGACUCAUACAUUUUCUGAUGCUACUGAUACUCAGCUUAUAGCAGGUUUUGAUAAAGAGACACAGUUGGAAGUUCUCUUAUCGUUUGAUAAUGAUCAAAAUAUCCAAGUUACUGCUCAUUUUAUGGUUGAAAAUCAGCAAAAAGUCUCAAAUUUUAUUGAUGAAAAGGUGCAUUUGACAGCCCUAGAAGACUGUACAGGGAUUAACAAGGCUGGUCAGAUAGCUGUUGGUUGUUUAAUAGCUCUAUUAAUUAUAGCUGGUAUUCUCUUAGUUAUAUUAUUAUACUAUCGGCACAGGCGUAGAGUACAAGAACGGCAGAAUCAAGUUUUAGUGGAAAAUAUAGAAUCACCUUGUGAUCCAGACUGUAGCACUUGUCAACCAGCCACUGUACGAUUCAAUGCUCAAUCAGCAAAUCAAUCCUCCACCAAUCAGAAUUUAUCAUCAGGUCUUGUUACUUUAGUUUUAUCCAAUGGGCAUGCAGAAGGCAGCAGUAAUAGUCUGCCAGUUUAAAUGAGAUUAAAUCAAAAACAUAGAACUUGGAAUUUAUGUGUCUGUCUGUUUUUUUCAGUCACAGUUGUUGGUUUUUUUUAUUAGAAAGUUUAUGAUUUUUUUAAUUAAAUGCUGUAAUUAAUCACUAAAUAUAUUUGUUGAUUCAAUGUUUUAUUAUUAUAUUUCUAGUUUAAAUUCAUGGGCUUGUUAGAGAUAUUCAUGUGAAAUUUUAAAGAUCUGAUGUCAAAUUGUAAAAAAUUAAUGCUGAAUUGCAUUUACCACCUGGGCAGGUACAACAGACAAAUUCAAAGUUGUGGGCUUUUGAAUAUUUAAAUGAAAGUACUCAUGGUAUAUUUAACUUUGUAACAUGGAUGGGAAAUCUUCCUUAGUUCUUUUCGUUGAAUAAGCAGAUUGAUUUCCUUUUAGUAGAUUGGGUGGAGCUUAACCGUGCAAUAACUAGACAUGUUCAAUGUUAUUGCACACUUUUGCUGGUUUACACUAGUUUUAGUAGAAAUCAUAUAGAGAAGUGGGGUGGGUUUUCUGUGCAAUAACAACAAGCAUGUUGAGCAGGUGUCAAUGUUACAAGUAAUUUAGAGCAAGCCUCUCAUUCAUUAACAGGUUUAACCCCUCGGCCUACGGCCUCUGGUUAAACCUGUUAAACUCAUGAAAGCCGUGCUAUAAAUAUAACAUAAUGAUGUGGGGCUAUUGUAGUACCUCUCUAGACUUACAGUGAUAUUCAAUUUGCAUUUAAUUAACUUCUUUUGGGCCACAACUUACAAUCAAAUUUUAGAGCUUACCUGUACAGUAAUCUUAACAUAAAUGUCUUUUUUCUGCAUGAUACUAAAGGUGCAUUAUGUAAGAUUUAGAUAAAGGGAUGACUAUUCUCGCUAUAAUAGUUUAAAAAUAAAUAAUCGAAAAUGAAUAUACUGAAGAUUUCAGUCAAAUUACUUUAUUCUGAAUGAAGUUAUGUAUGUUUGAAGUUUUGAAAAAAAAAAUAGAUUAGUCUCGAUUGUCAUUGCUACGAUAGUAAAGUCAUGAUUUUCCAAUGGUCUAAUCCAAUUAAUGUCAAACCAUACGAUGGUAUAGAGAGUUGAUUAAGGGCUUGUCACCGAAUAAAUGUUUAAAUAAUAAUUUAUAUAACAUUUGAAGCCAGAAAAAAGACAUGCAAUAGGCAGAUUUAGGUCUAACAUAAUUCAUCUUUAAUAUUAAAUUGAAUUAACUUCUUUUGGCCCACAACUUAUAAAAAAAUGUUUUAGAGCUUACGUGUAGAGUAAUUUUAACAUAAUUGUAUUUUUUCUGCAAGGUAUUAAAACACAAAUGAUUUUAAUGGGAUAUAUCUAUAUGAUGGAACAAAUGUGAACAUUUUAAAAACAAAUCAAAGAAGGUAUAUUAUGUGAGUUUUAAAAGUAGAGACUUCCAAUCUAUACGUAAUACAGCUGUUAUCUCAUAUACUAGUGAUAUACUUCACUAACACAAAUAAAAAAUUAAGCCUAUUAUUUAUAUGUGUAUGUAAUUAUGAGUCAUCUGAUAAACGUGACAAGCUCGCUAUUGCAAGAUUACCGGUAUGGUUAUUCAAAUACUACUGAUGAUGUCGGUUUGGAAACUUAUUAAUGAUACUAGCAAAAUGUACAGAUUUGUUUUGCAGCAUCUACAAUCUGAAUGGCUGUUGAAAUAAAAUAUCUAUCUAUUUGAUGCUUGAUACAUACAUAUAAUUAUAACUAACAGGCUAUGAAAAACUGUCUAAAUGACAUGUGAAAGUUUAAAGAAAUGAAAUGAAAUGGGGUUUAAGGUCCUACUCUUCUGCCUCUAACCUGGGCUAAUGAAGACGGAUGUGAAAGUUUAAAUGGAGCAGAUAUAUAUUGUGGUGUUAGCUGCUGAAAUGUUGAACUGUUAAUGAGUUCUUAUAUUGUUAAUUAUUGAAUUUUUAUAUAGUAUAAGGUACAGUCAUAUUUUACAUGCCCUAUGUUUAUGGUAGACCAAUUUCCUGCAAACUAUUGAAUACAAAAGACAGUUUCUUUAUACAUUUAGUUAAAAAAAAAAUUUAAACAUCGAAAAACACAUAAGUCAAAAUAAAAGUUUAAUUGGGUUGAUUAAUGAUGGGGCAGACAUUGUACAAUUAAUUUUUUUUUUGUUUGACAGAUCAAGUCUGAUUAUUUUUUAGUUUCAUAUUAUCACACCAAUCAGCAGUGAGUACAGUCACUGAUAAGGGAUGACAUCAGUGCAGGUUAAAGAGCACGCAAUAUUAACUUUUUUCCGUCUGCAAAUUAAAUUCUAGAAUAUUUUUGGGAAGUAAUAGAAAAAUAAAUAAAGGUGUUUCAAGUAUAUCUUGAUAAAGAAUAUUUCCUAUUUAGUGUAAAUGAGUAAAAGGCACCAUUCUGAUGAACCAGUUCAAGUUAUGUAAACAUUCCACAAGCUAUUGAGCCAAUGAUCGACACUAUGUUAUGUGAUGUCAUUUGUAUGUUAGUUGUACACAUAUAGUAAAAUUUCAUCGGUCUAUUAUGUGAGAACAUGAGGUAUAUAGAAUAUGGCUGUACUGUAUUUGUUAAAAACUAUUGUACAGGGUAAAUAUAAUAUUCUCAUUAUCAUUAUAACAGAUAUCAUCAUAUAUAUAUUAACCCUGUUUAUGCACGAACUAGAUGCAAGAAAAUUUGUCGACAAUACUUAUGCCACUCUAUAGAGAACUUUUCAGUUUAUCCUGUGAACAUGCACCAUACCUUGUUCAUAUAAAAAAAAUCAGCUGUGAACAUGCUCCAUACCUUGUUCAUGUAAUCAACUAUGAACAUGCUCCAUACCUUGUUCAUAUAAUCAUCUGUGAACAUGCUCCAUACCUUGUUUAUAUAAUCAGCUGUGAACAUACUCCAUACUUUGUUCAUAUAAUCAGCUGUGAACAUGCUCAUAUCUUGUUGUUUACAUAAUCAGCUGUGAACAUGCUCCAUAACUUGUUCAUAUAAUCAACUGUCAAAGAUUGGAUUUUGUCUUCUUUUUUUUAGAUCAAAUUAUGUCUUUUAGACGUUUUAGAUCAAAUUAUGUCUUUUAGACGUUUUAGAUUAAAUUAUGUCUUUUAGACGUUUUAUUCAUAUUACCUAUGUGUCAUUAAAUUACAUUGAAUUAAUAUGUCAACAACAGCCAAAAGCUCAAUUAUCAUAGCAUCAUAAAGUUAAUUGGACAUCCAAGUAACGAAAAUAGCUGUUUAAUUUCAUGCUUGCCAUAUAUUCAUAUGUAAUUAUACAUGUAUGUAGAUUUGUAAUUAUUAAUGUGAGUUCAAUUGGAUGGUCAGUUGUUUUUCUGAACCAACAUCAAUCCUGUGAAUGUAUUUUUUUUAUGCCCAUUUUACAGUGGUAUGGUCACAGCAAUUGUACACUGUUUAAGAAUAGCCCAACAUGUUUAUAAAGUUUUGCAGGUAUGGCACGUGCCCUUGGUGUUACUUGAAGGGCUGCCACUGAGAUGUACUGGCAGUAAGACAAUUUCUCCUUCGUAAGCUAGGGAAGUAGUCUAGAAACUGAAAAAACUUACUUUGACCACAUCAUAGAUAGACCAAUUUGCAUUUUGUGAAAGCAAGGAAGGUGAAAUUGUAACCUUUAUUUUUGUGCCAUGAUUUUUUAGUUGAAAGCUUUACAAAAUUGACUUGUAUUUAUGAGCUUAUUUAAUGGUAAAGUUAUCUAAAAAAAACCCACCAAAAUGGAUGUCAGAUGUUAAGACAGGAGAGCAAUUCCCGUGCUUGCCAUAGGAGAUAUUUUCCGCAGAUAUGCCACUGGUCAAAUUAGUAGAAUAUUCAUUCCAUUAUGGCAUUGUACUGUUGUCAUUCCAUCAUAGGACUAUAUAUUAUGCAAGAUGUCUUAUACUAUAUUUAUAUAUGUCUCUUAUUAUGAUUAUUGGUGCAAAUUCUAUAUUAUGUUAUAUUUUUAAAGAAAAUAUUCCAUUAUUUAUAUUACAUAAAAAUAAAAGGCAUUGUGCUCAAAUGAUACUAAGACAAUGGGGAAUUAGGAUUUUGUUUUAUCUUUAUAAUAGAGCAUAUAAUUAUUACUCACAAAAUUAUUGCUAAUUUUGAACUUUUUAAUAUUACAUCAAAUUAUUGCUGGGUGGCAGUGUCUAUACUCCAUAAGUUUGCCUAUAAAUAUAUCUUGAACGUAAUCAAACAAGAUAAUAAAUAAAACAUUUGCUCAAUACUAUUUCUUUUUACACAAUGGCAUCAGACAAUUUUAUGACUGGGAUGGCAAAAUAACCCAAGUGAUAAUGUUUUAAAUUACAUAUUUUACUUUGAGAAUUUGUAGAAGAAAAAGUGAAAUUUUUAAAAUGUUAUUCAUGAAAGUUUACACCUUUGAUUUAGGCCAAAAUAAAGUAUUAAAUUGUGCUGACAGAUGUUAUUUCGAUUUCAUUUUCACUGCAAAAUAUUAAGCAGAAGUCGGCUUGUUUACUAAUUUUAACUGAAUUAUUGGGUUACCGUGUUGACAGGGGAACACAAAAUUGAUUAUAUCUCAAUUCUGGCUUUGUCUUUGGAUGUACAAAAUUAUUAAAAUGGAUUGUAAUUCAAAAGUCAGAAUAUUAAGAAAGUUUAUUCACAAUGGCAACCAGUAGUAAUGAUUUUAUGAGAUUAAAUUUCUUGUUAAUAAGCCCCCCAAAAUCUUUUGUGAAUUAGACAUGCCAUAUUAUUGUUGUAUAUAGUUUAUAAUAUAUAAAAUGAAUUAGCCAUAUGAACAACUUUUAAUUAUUUUAUAGACUGAAAUUUAUAUAAAAGGGGAAAAUUUACCUAGAACAAAGAAAUAAAAUGUGAUUGCCAAAUUAAUUUUAACUUUUAUAACAGCUCUUAUCUACGUUUUUUUUACAACCUGCCAUUUUGUCAAUAAUAGUUUUGUUUGAUAUUUUAUAACAAAUAUAUUAAGAAAGGUGUGGGGAAGCAGUAUGGCCUUUUAAAGGGAAAUAACCUUGUUGUUCCCAGAAAGUAGAACUACUAUUAGUAUGAUUAAUGUAUGUGCAGUGUAAAAUCAUAUAAGAAAAAAGAAAGAUGGCUAACACUCACACUCUUCUAAUUUGGUGCCAUAUAUGCAAAAUAACAUUUUUCUCAAAGUUUCAAUAUACAUUCCAAAUUAAUAAUUAUGAAAGUUGAUUAAAAAUAUGGAAAGGUUGUAAAGAGAGUAAUAACUGUGAAAUAAAAGGUGCCUUUUGUUUUGUUUUUUAAGUGCUUCCAGUAUUAAUAAUGAUAAUAAAUUUAUGUUUGAUAUAAAUAUAUAUAUUAUAUUCUUAUACACAUGUGUAUGAUUGUAUGACAGUGUAUGAUAGAGUAUUAUUAGUGUGGUAUGAUGGUGAAUGAUUGAAUUUACAAUAUAUGUGUAAUUAUUUUUUAUCAUAUAAACUAUCUAUAUUAUGUAGAAAAUAUUAUAUUUUAUGAUUUUAGAGUGGGUAUAUUAGUUACCUAAAAGAAAUCAUGAAUUUAAAGUGGAAGUGCCUACAUUUAUUUUUUUUAAAGAUCACUAUAAAUAAUGUGCCUUUGGUUGCAGCUAAGAUAAAGGCAAUACCUCAUUCUAGUUAAAUUUAUCAGACUAGUUUAUAUGAAAUGGAUAUAACCGCUAUACCACCCAGUAUCCUAGCAAAAUAUUAUGCUUUGCCACAAUUUACCACAGUGGUCAGCUGUUUGUUUAUUUUUAAAUAGACUGUAACUGGGUCACUGGGUGUAUGAUAUUUAAAUCAGGGAGACAUAGAUUCAUCAGUAAAUGAUAUUACUUGAAUUCAGUGUAAUUAAACAGUUUCUUUUUUAGUCAGUUUGAAAUCUGUCACAUUCUAUUUUAUGCAAAUAACAAAAUGUCUGUGAAACUAAGCCUUCUUACACCAAAGAGAGUUCUGUCCUAGAUGAUAUUUGUGCCAUUUGAGUAAAUAUAGAUAUUUUAGCUUUUAGCAUAAAGAAUUACACCAUAUGAUUGGUCAUUAAUAGAGCUCAGUUUAUAUAUGCCCUCAAUUUUCUGGAUGUAUGUUGUCUUUGCCUCUAUCUAUCUGUCUUCCAGAGUUAGUGUCCUUUACCAUUAGAAUCUUGCGAACACUCUUACAAUAUCAGUUAUCAUAUGAUCAGCUUGAAAUUUAUAUGCAUCAUACAGAUUAUUGAGACUAUUGGAUAUGGAAUUUCUACAGUGUUUAUUAAUUACAGCUAUAAAUCUUUCUUCCUUUGUAGAAUCUUGUGAAUGCUCUAGUAACAAAAUUUAUCAUCCAGUCUGUUUGAAAACUAUAUGCAUAUGGACUACUGGAGUUAUUGCACUUGAUUUAAGUCAUAGAUUUUUAUUUUCAAUUGACCGAUGAUAUUUUACCAUAAGAAUCACAAUGCAACAACCUUAUUUAUGGAUUGCUUGGAUGACUAAGCUGCUGUGGGUGUAUGUUCAUUGUCUGACAACCUGUCUUUAAAUAUUUAAAUGAAUUAAAGGUCCUAUAAACUAUAAUAUCAUCUCAGAUAAAUGUACAUGGAAGAAAAGCAAAUUGUAAGAGAUUAUUUAUUUGGCACUUCUUCUUUAAAAGAAUUGUUUAUAUAUGUGUGAUUUAUCCACCUUUGUACAUAUCCCUAGUUCAUUAUGAGCAAAAUCUUAAUUAAACCAAAUUACUGUGGUAGGCCAAAUUCGCCAACUGACCAACUGCCUACUUUAGUGUGCUAGUUAGGAAUUACCACAAAUUCUUAUAAUUUUAUUGUUAUAAGCCAUUUUAGACUGCUUUAAAUAUCAUAUAACAUAGCUAAAUUACAAUCAUUAAAGGGUGUUGUUUGUUAUUAAGUAAUAUUCAGGUAGCUAAUUAGAAAUGCUUAUGAAAUAGAAUGAAAUGGACAUAAAUAAUUACCAAUGGAUAUAUGGGUUGAGUUUGUAAUUUAUGAUGAUUUAAAGUAAAAUUAUGUCCAAUAUAUAUAUAUAUAUAUAUAUUCAUAUACACUGCAUGUAGAUAAGUAUAUAUAUAAUCAGUGAGAAGUUUCUGAAAUUUAAUUUAAUCUGUUUUACUUGUAUACUUUGCUGAUCAUUUUUUUAAAAAAAUUGUUUCAGCUUCUCUGUAAGGCUAUCAGAUGUUUGGUCGGAACAUUUUAUUGGGAUUUACAGGAUUAAAUUGUCUUUUAUAUUAACAAUUUCUCUAGUAUUUUCUGAAGGAAUCUGCUUGGAUGGUACACACAACACAUCUUGUUUUUGACCAUAUCAGGAAGUUUUUAUCAAAUUUAUUUUUUUGUUUUUUGCCCUGUAGCCACCCAAAGUAAUAUUUGGGUGUGUGCAUCUGUAAUUCUGUUACCUGUUUAUGAGAAGCACAAAUAUAAUUAAUCAUAUCAAAAUAAUGAAAGAAUUUGUAUAUAAAUUAUUAUAUGUCAACUAUAUUCUAUAUUUAACUUUGACAUGAACAGAUCAUUUUAAACAAUAAUAAAACAGUUUUUGUAAA